AUGGACCCAACACCCGACUACACGAACUGGAGCAACACCGACCUCAUCCAACGAGUCACAGAUCUCGAAGCACAACUACGCACUCAAAACCUCGCUCACUCGCGAACCCCCUCACCAACCCCGCUAUCAAAGAAGAAAGUCAAGAAGCCCAACCGCUUCGAUCCCUCAAAAUACAACACCCGCCUCAUAGCGCUCAAGUUCGCCUACCUAGGCAAACGAUACAAUGGCUUCGAACAUCACAGCAAUAACAAGACGCCUUUGCCGACGGUGGAGGAGAAGCUGUGGAAAGCGUUGAUGAAGACGAGAUUGAUUUUUCCAGACUUCAAUGGCGGGAACGAGGAUGAGGUGUGCUGGGCUGGAUGCGAGUACAGCAAGUGUGGGCGGACGGAUCGGGGUGUGAGCGCCUUUGGACAGGUGAUCGGGUUGAGGGUAAGAAGUAAUCGGCCGAAGGAAAAGGUCAAGGGGCCACUGGAGCCUGCGGACGGGGAAGACGUUGAUGCCGGCGGAGACAGCGCGAUGUCGGAUGCGAAGGUAGAAGACACUUGGGAUCCGAUCUCAGACGAGCUACCGUACAUCCAGCUUUUGAACCGUGUCCUUCCUCCCGACAUCCGCAUCCUAGCAUGGUGCCCUCAUCCGCCAGCAGAGUUCUCCGCACGCUUCAAUUGCAAGGAGAGGAGGUAUCGCUACUUCUUCACGAAUCCGGCAUUCUCUCCGGUGCCUGGUGAGACUCAGAAGGGAAAUCAAGGCGGCGCGUGGCUCGAUAUCGACGCUAUGCAACAAGCCGCGAAGAAGCUUGAGGGACUCCACGAUUUCAGGAACUUCUGCAAGGUGGAUCCCAGCAAGCAGAUCUCGGACUUCAGAAGGAGGAUCUUCCACUCGAGUAUCCAGCUCGUGACACCCGAGCAAGGAGCUGGCGCUUUCUUAGAUCGAGCGCCCUUCACGGAGGGUACCUCUUUUCCAAACGGUUCGAGCACCGCAUCUUCGUUGCCCGAGCUGUACUACUUCGAGGUCCACGGCUCGGCUUUCCUAUGGCAUCAAGUCCGACACAUGGUCGCCAUCUUAUUCCUUGUCGGGCAGGGCCACGAACAGCCGAGCGUCGUCGAAGACCUUCUUGAUAUCCAGAAGACGCCGGCCAAGCCAGUGUACGAAAUGGCGGACGACACACCUUUGGUCCUGUGGGACUGCAUCUUUCCAGAUGCUGCUGCAGUGGCUCGAAACGACCAUUCGGCAAUUGUCAAUCCAAACUACGUCGACACGCUUGACUGGGUCCAUGUUGGAGACCAAGCGGACGAUGCGACUCGUUUGGUCCGAUCAUCUCGAGGUGUAGAAGACAGGAAGUAUGGUCGCUUAAGUGUCAUGGGAGACUUGUGGGCCCUGUGGCAGACUCACAAGAUUGACGAGCUGCUGGCCGGUUCACUAAUGGACGUCGUCGCUCGGCAAGGUAAGGCCUCGGCAUCCAACAAGUUCUUCCCAGACCAAACGGCCAGGGUGUUCGAUGGCAGUGGUGAGCCACGGACGGUAGGUCGCUACGUGCCCAUCAUGCAGCGUGAACGGCUAGACCCGCCGGAUACUGUGAAUGCGCGGUAUGCUGCUCGCAAAGGUCUGCAGCCGAAGGCGAACCGUAGCGGUGACGCUGCCGAUUUUGACCAAGACCCCGAUGAGUAG